UAAAACAUACUUAGAGAAUGAAGUGUUCAUUUUUAGAAUUCUUUCUUCAAGUGGUUUAAUGCUGAAUUAGAGGGAGCUGAACAAAACCAGAUGCUGCCCACUUUGAAACCAGUAUCUCUGAGAUAAGGGCAGGGUGUGUGGAAAAGCACCUUCCACUUUUCACGGACAUAAUCCGCCGGAUAAGUGAAUUUUAUUAAGAGGCUUUAUCAGAGAGAGUUUGUGUGUGGGGAAAAAAAGUCACUUCGAUCAAAUGUCAACCUCUGGAUUUUGAUUCUUCACCUCAGGAAUUAUUACAGGACUCGAAGGAAGUAUCAGAAUGGUGGCUGUGCUGGUGCUCACGUUCGUCCUGAUCAGAGCUGUAAAGACUCAGGAAGGUGACUCCGCCGUCUCAUUUACGCAGUGCUCUGAUGGAUACAAAUUGGAUCGUGGACAGUGCAAAGAUGUGAAUGAGUGCGAAACCAUCUCAGAGGCCUGUAAAGGGGACAUGAGGUGCAUCAAUCACAAUGGCGGAUACUUAUGUUUGCCAAGAACUGCCGCUCUAGUCCUGGCUAACGGACCAUCCAAUCCCACUUACUCUCUGCCUUCAUCCACAUACUCAGAGACUUCGGCUUCCAGCAGCUACCAGUCAGCCUUGUUGCCCAGCUACCUGUCUCCAGCACGGACGUUGGUCUGUCGGUUUGGCUACACUCUGGACACCAAUAACAUGUGUGUGGACACAGACGAGUGCACCUCAGGGAUCCACCAGUGUAACCCAUCGCAGAUCUGCAUUAAUACAGAGGGCGGUUACAGCUGUUCGUGCACUGAGGGAUACUGGCUGGUGGAAGGCCAGUGUAUGGACAUAGACGAGUGUCGUCACGGAUACUGCCAACAGCUGUGUGCCAACAUUGCCGGCUCCUACUCCUGUCAGUGUAACACUGGCUUCAUCCUGAACCCCGACGGCAGGUCCUGUCAAGAUUUAGAUGAAUGCGCUGGUGAGGACUCAUGUUCUCAGCAAUGUAUCAACACCUACGGAUCGUUCCUUUGCCGCUGUGACACUGGCUAUGAAUUAACUUCGGAGGGAACAGUCUGUGAAGAUAUCAAUGAAUGCAGCUUCUCUGAGUUCCUCUGUCAGUUCCAGUGUGUGAACGAGCCGGGCACUUUCUUCUGUAUCUGUCCCCCUGGCUUCACCAUGUUCGAUGACAAUAGGAGUUGUGAAGAUAUUGAUGAGUGUGAGAAUGGAAAUCACACCUGCACAGCGGAGCAGGACUGCUUCAACACUCAGGGAGGAUUCAAGUGCCUGGACAGAGUGAAGUGCCAGGACCCUUACAUACAGUUGAAUGAAAAUCGCUGUAUGUGUCAUGGGGAGAACCCAGGCUGCUCGGAGCAGCCAUUCACUAUCCUGUACAAACACAUGGGCAUCGUGUCAGGCCGCAGUGUGCCCGCGGACAUCUUCCAGAUGCAGGCCACCACCCGCUACCCUGGCGCCUACUACAUUUUCCAGAUCAAAUCAGGGAACGAAGGCAGAGAGUUCUACAUGAGGCAAACUGGGCCAGUCAGUGCCACCCUGGUGAUGACCCGCCCGAUUCAAGGACCCCGUGAAGUGGUGUUGGAUUUGGAAAUGGUCACUGUGAACACCGUCAUCAACUUCCGAGGGAGCUCAGUGAUCAGACUGACUCUCUUUGUGUCCGACUUCACAUUCUGAACCCUGGGAUCAAUGGCUCCAUAUCUGAUGGGUUAAUCAGUUAUUUUUUUAAUGAAUGAAUAAAUGAAAGCUGUGUGUAUGUGCA